UCAUCACCAAGUGAGUCUAAACCAACCCUCUCUCUGUGUGUGGCAGGUGUCUGGCCGGAUAGAUGCACAGACACACACACAGCACUCAGCCGAGGAGAAUAGUCCAAUUUGUUGUGUUUUGUUGCCUAGUGGGAAUAUUUUUGAGGCCAUAAUAAAUUCACAUAACUGUACAGUGUCAUAUCUUUGGGCUUAAGUCUGGCACUGGUUUCCAAACAGUUUAAAAUGUUUUUGGAAAGUCAUGUUGUCUCAUGUAGAAAAGUAAAAUCUCACAUUUCUUUAACUUUGGGGCAAAAAUCAUGUAUUGUAUAUGUAUGUUAAAUGUCAUUGCUUUGAGGUGUGCUCAAUGAAGGAUUGAGAUUAGGACACUGACAUCAUUUGACCACAGUAAAUCUUUGAAAAUACGUCAAAUUAUAUCAUUCCAGCUGCACAAUUUGAAUUUUCACUAUCAGGGAAACAUGUCGUUCUCACUCGCCCAGCAGAGUGUUAGUCUUGUUAAGAUGUUUCGCAGGGCUUUCGGUUGGCAUCCCUGAAGUCAUUCCUCUGCCAAAGUCGCUCUUCAGCUCUUAACGCGCAGCCUUUGAAACCACCUUCGAUUUCAGCCGCUGCGUCUCAGCCAAAGGUCUGAAAGUUGAAAAUUAAAAAAAACACACACACGACGCCUUCUGAUAGCUCCCUCCAAAGCCUCGAUGACCGAAGCUUGUAUCAUUUAAUUAAACCCUAGCAUGACGUGCUCAGAAGCAGGUAGAGAAAACAGGCAGUUGGCGAGGAAGGAGGACCAUUACGCAGGUUGUCAUGACAUCACUAUGGGCUGGCUAUAAAGCGGCGAGGACUAAUACUCAGUUAGAGGAGCACUUGAAAAGCUUUGGAGUAAAGGACGGACUGAAGCCUUCUGUGUUUAACAGCUGACUGAUUGGCUGCUGUGACCGUCCCUCUUUCUGAACUUCAGCGCAAAGGAAUCACUUAGAGAAUACAAGACCUGUCAGAAUGAACCUAUCAUAUUUGGUAGCUUGUGGACUUAUGGUCACCCUGCUUUCAGUAAGGAUGGGGGCAAAACCUUUAUCUCAGGCGCAGCAGAAGUCUCUUAGAAGUUUGCUGGGCGAGGAGCUGGCGGAGUUUCUGGAGUCGGAGGAGAGGGAGAGGCGGUUGGAUGCUGUGCGCUCUCGGUUACGGUUACUGCGAGAUUUACGCUUAGACACUCGCGCCAGGGGGAUGUGGGCUCGCCUGCUUAACGACCAACCCGCACCGAGGAGACACAAAUCGGGGAGCAAGAAAGGUAGCUCCACGUCGCGGAGUGGCUGCUUCGGACACAAGAUGGACAGGAUAGGGACCAUCAGCGGCAUGGGCUGCUAGGGCUGGAGCAGCGCUGUGAUGAUUUCUGGACAAUAGUUGUGGACAACAAAUGGUUCAAUUUGUUCUCAAAUGCUGGGGGGAAAAAAACAAAAAACAAAGUAGAAUUCAACCAAGGGACGGAUUUUCGGUACGAAAGUCAACACGACCAGCAUUAGCAAAGACUGAGAAGACAGUGCUACAAAACCCUCAUAUAAAUAUAUAUAAUAAAUAUUCAGUAUAUAUACAUAUAUACAUGUAUGUAUACCACACAGAAUGGUCCAAACGCAGAUGCAUAUGACAAGACUGCAGGCAACGGUGUAAAAACUACAAACUGCAAAGCUGUAUAUUGUUGCUGCUGUUGUACAUUCACGUACUUCAUCUUCCCCUGCAUAAAUGUAUUUAUGUUUUAAAAAACUAUUUAUAUGUUUAUAAAAAAA